UAUGCCCUUGUAGACUUUUUAGUUUUCAUUCCUAUUUAAUUUUUGGGAUUCCGCACAAUGGAAACAUUUUUAGUUUUUGCAUUGUCUUAUUAAUGUAUUCAUUAUUUAUCGUGAAUAGCUUAGCAAUUAAAAUGGCAACCAACGGCAUUAAACAUAGUAUCAGCAACGGUAAUGGAUUCGCUGAGGUGCCGGCAACAAAGCUUAGAAAAAUCGAAAACGGGAAAAAUGGAACUUUGCUCGGCUCCACACCAGAUUCAAUUGACAACUUUUUAAAAGAAGUCGUAGAAUUAGCUCUGAUGGAAGGGUUUAAAUCUCAGGAAAGAGAUGAUCCAGUGGUCAGGUUUGAAAAACCAGAUGAGCUUUCGAACAAAAUGGACCUUGAGUUGGGGGAUGGUGGAGAAAGUCAUGAGAAGUUGCUGGAAUGCUGCAAAGACAUUUUCAAGUACAGUGUGAAAACGGGCCAUCCAAGGUUUUUCAAUCAAUUAUAUGGAGGACUGGAUCCUUAUGGAUUUGCAGGUCAAGUCAUCACAGAUGUUCUUAACACUUCUAUAUACACUUACGAAGUGGCUCCGGUGUUUAUAUUGAUGGAGAAAGUUUUGCUUGAGCACAUGAUGAAAAUUAUUGGUUACGAAGAAGGCGACGGAACAUUUUGUCCCGGUGGUUCCUAUUCUAACCUGAUGGGUAUGCAUCUUGGACGUUUUCGUAAAUUCCCGGAUAUUAAAGAAAAAGGACUCCGACGUCUUCCACGAAUGGUGUUGUUUACUAGUGAACAUGGUCACUACUCUGUGAAGAAAAACGCCGCAUUGAUGGGACUACCGACCGAUGACGUCAUUAAAGUAAAGUGUGACGACAGAGGAAAGAUGUGUCCAAAAAGCCUGGAAGAGCAAAUUUUGAUGCUGAAGGGCGAAGGUGCCGUACCAUUCUUUGUCAACGCUACAGCAGGAACUACAGUAUUGGGAGCUUAUGAUCGUUUUGAGGAGAUUGCCGAUAUUUGUAAAAAAUAUCAAAUAUGGAUGCACGUCGAUGCGGCGUGGGGUGGCAGUGCUCUGAUGUCAGAAAAAUACAAGCAUUUAUGUAAAGGAAUGCACAGAGCUGACUCCAUCACUUGGAAUCAACAUAAGAUGAUGAUGGCACCGUUACAGUGUUCGUCUCUACUAACAAGACAUCCUGAAAUAUUACGAAAAUGCAACAGCAUCCAUGUUCCGUAUUUGUUUCAAACGGACAAGACAACAUACGACACAAGUUACGACAUCGGAACGAAAAUUAUACAAUGUGGAAGAAAGGUCGACUCUCUUAAAUUGUGGAUGUUGUGGAAAGCUAAAGGAAACACGGGAAUAGCAAAACAAGUUGAAAAAGCAUUUGACAAUGCUGAAUACCUCACUAGAGAAAUCAAAAAACGUCCUGGCUUCAGAUUAGUAUUAAGCGAACCGGAAUGCACUAACGUCUGUUUCUGGUAUAUUCCACCCCGAAUGAGGGGUGGUAUAACAACUUGGACAAGCGAGGAUGGUUACAAACGAGAUUUAUCAAAAGUAGCUCCGAUAAUCAAAGAACGUAUGGUGGAGAGAGGGAGCAUGUUGAUUGGUUAUCAACCUCUUGGUGACAAGCCCAACUUUUUUCGAAUGGUCGUCAUGAACGAAAAAGUGGAACACAACGAUAUGGACUUUGUUUUAGACGAAAUCGAACGUCUGGGUGCUGAUCUUUAAAUUUGAUUUGUAUUUUAUUGUAUAAUAGUAAUCCGAAGAUGAUAAUUUUAACAAAACUCUCAAAUUUUCAGAGCUGUACACAAUAUGUCAAUCUAUGUAAUUUUUUAGAAUAUACACUCCUGCAAAACACUAUAUUAAAAAUAGACAUAUAUUCAGGUUGAAUUCCGAUAUGAGUGUUAUAUCAAAAACCAGGAGGGCAUCACUGGAUAACUGCACAAAUCUUAUCAUUUUAUGCCGCGGCGGCAUUGAUUGAAUGCUUGGCAAUUUUGGCAAAAGUUUCGUAACGUUUUAGGUAUUAGUUAACAAUACGCUAGGGACAAACUAUAACUUACAUAACAGUUUUGUUUUAGCACCAUGCCAUAUACUUGAAACAUGCAUUAAGAUGCAUUUCCCUCUUGGCGGUUCCUUGCCCCAGUGAAUAUUUAAAUUAAUAUUACGAAUGGUGAAGGCAAUUAACGUUAUAUAUAUAUAUAUAUAUUUAAUUUGGGUGUCGCAUAAACAAAUAACUAAACUAAUAUUGGUUCGUGUCUAUGACCUAUGUACAGCAAAACGCCUUUAAAACAGAUACAUCAAAUGCCUUUUCCUGAUAGUUAAAUAAGCUGUGAAUGGAGAAUUUGGAGUUGCCUACUUAUAAAAUGUAUGUUGAUGAUCUUAUGCAGAUGUUAGUUAUUUAACGUGCAUUGCCGCGUAAUUCGUGAUUGGUCGAUUACAAGCAUAUGAGACAAGUUUUAACUACUGUAUUUAUUUUCUGUACACUUCAUGUAUUUUAUUAAUGAAAUUUGAAAAUUUUUCAUGAUUUUAAAAAAAAUAUAUUAUACCGUUA